AUGGCGCUCUUUGGGUCGAAUGCCGCCACAUCAGGAGACGGGGCUCUUCAGCCCCGUCUGUCAACUCUUUCAACAAUGGCCAUGGCCUUUGCUAUUCUCAAUACUUGGAUCGCGCUUGCUGGCUCAAUAGGUCUUGUUCUGCCGUCCGGUAGUUCUGUAGCACUGUUGUACGGCUUCAUCUUCUGCGUCUUAUGCUGCUUUUGCGUGGCUGCGAGUCUUGGAGAACUCAGUUCUAUCUGGCCGACGGCUGGUGGACAGUACCACUUUGUUUACGCUCUUUGCACGGAAAGAUGGAGGAAGCCAAUGAGUUUUGUAGUCGGAUGGGCCAACAUCGUCGGCUGGCUGGUCGUUGUAACUGUUCAGGACUACUUUGGUUCCCAGUUUAUUUCUGCUGCAGCAGUGGUUGCAUCGAACGGAGCCUACCAAAUCACCCCCGCCAGAACAUACGGAAUCUUCGUGGCAGUCCUCGUCUUUACAACAGCGGCAAACAUUUGGGGCAAUAGGAUAUUGGGAAAAUGGAACGAUGCCGCCUUGUACUGGUCUAUCUUUGGCGUUGUCAUCAUCAGCAUUGUUCUGCUCUCCAUGUCAGACAAGACUAGUGCAGAGUUUGUCUUUACAAACUUCAACAACGAGACUGGCUGGUCCGAUGGCAUGGCUUGGAUCUUGGGUCUUCUUCAGUCUGCUCUCUCUCUCAUUGCAUUCGACGUUGUUUUGCAUAUGACAGAGGAGAUGCCGAAUCCGUCCAGAGAUGCCCCUCGAGCCAUGCUGUACUCCAUUGGGAUCGGUGGUGUCACUGGCUUUGCCUUUAUUCUUGUUAUGCUCUUCUGCCUUGUCGACCCCGAGACCAUUCUGGCUACUCCAACCGGGAUGCCCAUUGUCGAGCUCAUUCUCCAGGCAACAAAGAGCCGAGCCGCGGCCACCAUUCUCAGCCUGAUGCUCAGCGUCUGUUUCAUCAACGGUACAAAUGCCAGCAUUACCAGCGUCAGCAGAUUGCUCUACGCCAUGGCUCGCGACCGCGGCAUUGUCUUUCACAAUUUCUUUGCUCAUAUCCAGUCGGGCUUAAACGUGCCAGUACGGACCAUCAUGUUCUGCUUCGUUUUCAAUAUGCUCUUCGGUCUCUUGUAUCUGGGACCAGUGGUUGCUUUCAGCGCAUACGUCGCAUCUUGCACCAUCUUCUUGAACAUGUCUUACUCUGUCCCAAUCCUGGUCCUCCUCGUCCGUGGAAGGAAGGUGCUUGCCAACUACCAGACUGCAAGGACUCCCUUUAAAAUGGGAAAGACAUUUGGUCUGAUCGUGAACAUCAUCGCUUCAAUUUAUGUUGUUGUUACUUCUGUGUUUUUCUGUUUCCCCACGUUUCUUCCGGUUACUGGAGACAACAUGAACUACGUAUGCGUUGUAAUCGGCAUCUUUGCAAUCGUCGUUGGCGUUUAUUGGCUUUUCUAUGGAAAGAACUUUUUAGGUCCUGUAAGUCAUAUAUCAUGUCCCCUCAUUUAA